AUGACUAUCCUCGGUAGAUGUUCUACGGCAGAAGGGGCUUUGGUGACGAGCGAUUGUUUCAAAUUGUACUGCAGGGGUUUGCUGAGGGAGGAAACCCAUGAUAUUUGGGGUAGGAAGGUGGUGGUGGUUGGGGCUGGAGUUGCCAUCUGUGAUCGCAGGGACAACUUGAUAUUCGAAAGUAGGAAGAAUCUCAAAAGUUUGAAUCAUUUUGCUGUGCUGAGCAGGUGUGGUGGCAUUAAGUUUGCUUCGAAACUUGCAAUUGAAGCUACAGCUUUUCAGAGCACCUCCUCUGCAGGAACUUGCAAAGCCAUGAGUGUGAAGGAGACUUGUUUGAUUUGCUUCGAAGACACUCCUAUUGCUCGAAUGUUUUCAAUUGGUACUUGCCAUCACAAAUAUUGCUUGGCUUGUAUGAAACAUCAUGUGGAAGUAAAUUUGCAAAGCGGGAUCGUGGCACAAUGCCCUCAUAAAGACUGUAAGUGUGAAGUGAAUAUUAUAACCUGUAAAAAAUUAUUGUCACCUGAACUUGCUGACAUUAUGAUCGAACGAAUCAAGGAGUCUUCUAUUCCUGUCACGGAGAAAGUUUACUGCGCAUUUCCAAUGUGUUCUGCCUUGAUGUCCAAAAAGGAGGUCUUGGAACAUACCAAGACUUCUUUUGUUAGCGAGGGAGGCAGGAAGUGCAUGAAAUGCCAGCGUUAUUUUUGUGUCAAUUGCAAGGUUCCUUGGCACUGUGAUAUGAGCUGCUAUGAUUACCAAAGAUCAGAAACCAAUUCCCUCGCAGAAGAGCAAUUGCUAAAAUCGCUUGCAAUCAAGAAACUAUGGCGGCAGUGUUCCAAGUGCAAACAUAUGGUUGAACUUGAUAGUGGUUGCUACCACAUCACUUGCAGAUGUGGACAUCAGUUUUGCUAUACUUGCGGAGCUGAAUGGAAGAACAAGAGAGCAACAUGUUCCUGCCCACUCUGGGAUGAGCAUCACAUUAUACGGCCAUAA